AUAUAUAUACGCAGAAAUCACACACUCUCCUCUCUCUCUCUCUCUCUCUCUCUCUAGAACCCUCUGCAAGGAAGUAACCCGUAGCUCUGUUUGCCUCACACGAACACUCAUAAAAGACUAGCAAAAUGCCAUCUUAGGGUUCUAAAUUUCGAAUUCCCUAAGGGUUUAUUGAUGAGUUUUGCGAUGAAAUUGUUUGUUUCUUUUUACUCAAUCAUCACCUCUCUAGGUUUUCCGUGAGGGAGGAAGAUUUUGGUUGAGUUUGAAGUGUACUUAUUGCGGCCGUUGAUGGCUUCGUCUUCCGGUUCAACGAAGCUGUGCUUCAAUUCGACUUGUAAAGAGGCUCUGGAAGUCCCUAGACAAGGUUGGCUUUGCCGGACGGGAGACUUCGCUGACCUCUGCGAUCGAUGCUCUUCUGCUUUUAAAGAUGGAAAAUUCUGUAAUACAUACCACAUGAAUGCUUCUGGUUGGAGAUGUUGUGAGUCUUGUGGAAAGCAAAUUCAUUGUGGAUGCAUAGUGUCAUUCCACAUGUUCAUAUUGUUGGAUGCUGGAGGAAUUGAGUGUAUCAACUGUGCAAAAUCAGAAUACAUCUUGACACCAAAUCCUACAUGGCCAUCUUCUCCCCACUUUCUCACGGGUCCCGCUGAGAGAAUUCGAGAUAUUUCAUCCAAAAAUUGGAGAUCAAUAGCAGGAUCAGGUCCUGUGCCAUGGAAGCAAGCACCUUAUCUCUUCAAUUCUUCUAAACUUCAACCUGAUUUCCUCUCUAACAUUGAUAAACCUCUUUCAAGGGAACAAUUAACUUCAUGUUCAUUGACUAGAAGUAUAAUACAUGAUCCUUCUGAAAGAUUAGUGAAUGACAGCUGGCAGAUGACCGGUGAUAGAGCCAAAGCCACUGGGGUACAGUAUGAUGGAAAACAUAAUUUGUUUCAAUCUUUCUUUUCAAAUGAACUUGCUACCCCUGUUUCUAGUUUACCAGCAACAUUCAUGGCACAAGAUCAAAAGAGUGAAAAAGGAAAAGCAUCUGGACAAUUUUGCCCUCCACCAUCAGUAGGGAAAUGUUGCUCCAGUAGUAAUACUAAUAGUCCACCUGGCACAUCUCUUGAAAGUCAAACUUACAGUGGAAAGGGUCAAGGAGAAAAACGGGGUCGACAUCAGUUAAUUCCCCGAUAUUGGCCUCGGUUAACAGAUCAAGAACUACAACAGAUCUCUGGAGGGUCAAAUGCCAAAAUUACCCCUUUGUUUGAGAAAGUGUUGAGUGCUAGUGAUGCUGGGAGGAUAGGGCGAUUGGUGCUGCCAAAAAAAUGUGCAGAGGCUUAUCUUCCACCAAUUUCUCAGCCUGAAGGUUACCCCCUUGUAGUUCAAGAUUUAAAGGGAAAAGAUUGGGUGUUACAGUUUAGAUUUUGGCCUAAUAAUAAUAGUAGAAUGUAUGUUCUAGAAGGAGUCACUCCAUGUAUACAGUCCAUGCAGUUGCAAGCUGGUGAUACAGUAACAUUUAGUAGGUUAGAGCCUGAAGGAAAACUUGUGAUGGGAUUCAGAAAAGCAUCACCCUCUUCUCCAUCUUAUCAUGUCACCGAGGUUUCUACUCAUGAAGAAACUUCAAAGGGUAGUUUCGGAAAUAAAUCUAGAAAUCCAGAUGGGACAUGGGCAGAAGUUGAUAAAAUUGCUAAAAGGAAGAAGGGGGGAAAGAUGUGUUCAAAUAACAAACAUGUUAAACCUAAUGAUGAAGAGAUAGUUCGAGUAAAUGUUACUUUAGAACAAGUUCAAGGAUUGUUGAGACCACCUCUUACUAAUUCCUCCACCAUUGUGGUUAUUGAGGGUGUUGAAUUUGAGGAUUUUCAGGAGGAACCGAUUAUAGGGAGUCCUACAAACUUUUCAACGAUUAGUCACGCAUCUUGUAACAAGAACGAAUCAGAAAACCAAGGACUUGAUGCGCUUGCUAAUUUAGCAAUCCAAGAUGGCAAGGCUACAAAGUCGCCAAGUGGCACCAAUCACAAAUCGGUUUCUGUACACCAUGGAGAUGAGAAACAUUUAGAGAAAGAAGUAGGGAAUGUGGGACAGAAUCCAAAUGAAUUGAUGUAUGCCGACGUUAUUCGGUAUAAUAAUAACCAAAACCAGAAAAUGGGCCCCAGUCAAAGUAUUGAAAAAGUAUCUACUAGUCAGUCGUUUAAAAGUCAAAAUAUUGACUUGAAUAUACAACCUGAACGUGAAGAAGAAUGUUCUCCGGUUUCUGAUAUGGGGAUCAUGAUGUUAGUUCAAGAAUCUACACAUAGAUACAUAAGGCAACAGAAGCUAUCAUUUAAUGAUGUAAAUUCAUGAGGGUGGAAGCUAUUUUUGUUAAGUGGCUCAUUUUGUUGAUGAUUUGGUAAGAUUUAAAAAAAAAAAAAAAAGAAGGCAUUAUUAGAGCUUUGUCGAGUUUUAUAGUUUCGUGUAUGUAAACAAGAUCCUAGAAGCUAACUUUUGACAUGCUCUAGAUUUUUAGAAGUACAUAAUUUCCUUUUUUUUUUUCGGUGUAAUUACAUUUUUUUUGUGUUGAGAGUUUGAUUUUAAGUCGUUUGCAUUGAAUGUA